AAAGAGAAAUAGACACAGACUCCUUCGUCAACCCUUUCUCUCCCCGCCUCCGAUUUUAUUAUUUUUCUUAAUUUCCUUUCGUUCUAAUUUGAAUUUAAUUAUUCCCACGAUUUCUUGUCGGAAAACCGCUUUCGUGUAAUAACCUCCGACACAAACCCGCUAGAGACAUCUUCUUCCAAAUUCCUUGUCUUUUUUUUCUUGAAUUGUCUCUGUCCCAAAUCUUUUUCAUUUAUAUUUUUUCUGAGGUAUUGUUAAAGGCGCUAACGUGCGCCGCGGUGCGUAGUUUAAUUAGAUUUUUUUAUUCAAAAUCGAGGAGCGCGUAGGUUACACGCGACUUUGAUUUGAUUGAUGGUUAUGAUGAUGUUGACGAAGAAGAUGGAGAUGGAGAGCGAUUGGGGAACAUGGGAGGAGCUUCUUCUCGGGGGCGCAGUACUCCGUCACGGAACCGGCGACUGGACCGUCGUCUCCGAAGAACUCCGUUCUCAUUCUAUGUCCGGAAUUUUCACACCUGAGAUAUGCAAGGCUAAGUACAAGGACUUGCGUGAACGUUAUUUGGGAUGCAAAUCUUGGUAUGAAGAGGUUAAGAAGAAACGAGUAGCUGAGCUUAAGGCAGCUUUACUUAAAUCCCAAGACUCCAUUGGGUCGUUGGAAUCAAAGCUUGAGAGUCUGAAAUCAGAAAGCAAUGAUGAAUGUCAUGAAAACAAUGAUUAUGAUUCAAGCCGAACAUUAUCCCUCGAACCACCUUCCCCCAAGUCUGAAGGCGGUGGUGAAUGCACGAGCAAAGAUACAUCCAAAGACCUGUCAUCUGCUGGUAGUUUCACACAGCAAGAGCUCACCACAACAAACUGGUCUCCGCCACAGGCCAAGUCAGAAGCAAUUAAAGAGCAAGACAAGAAGAAUAAUCUAUUACACGGCGACAUCUUUCGGUCCAUGUACGGAGUAGGAGGAGGAGGAGGACAAGUGCUUCCAAUUAUGAGAAAGAAACGAGGAAAGAGAAAAAGAAAAGAUUGCAGCGCCAGUAAAGAUGUUACCGCUGUGGAGGAAAGCCAUAUGUUGGAUUCUUCUAACGUGGACAUUGCAAGCAAUUCUAGGAGUAAAGAAGCUGCUUCUACUAGCAGCCGAGGCCACGGUUUGGCUUUACCAGGAGAGAUUCUGAAGAUAUACAACACUAUCUCACAGAACGAAUGUGCUCUUGUCUUUCGAAGACGGCUUGAUAGUCAGAAAAGGGCAAGGUACAAGAAACUGGUCCAGAGGCAUAUGGACUUAGACACUAUAAAAUCAAGAAUCAACAGUCGUUCCAUAUCUUCAGCUAAAGAGCUUUUCAUGGACUUUCUUUUGUUGGCGAACAAUGCAGCCAUUUUUUACUCUAAGAACACUCGGGAGCACAAAUCCGCUGUGUCCCUCAGAGACAUUGUCACCAAGUCUCUUAGACAUUAUUUGACAGAAGAUCAUCAUCCUCCUCAUCGCAGCAGCAGCGUUACUACAAGCACCAAGGUUCUAGUUCCCGCUUUGACAUCUAAGUCUCCUUCGGUCCGAACCAGCGUGGGAGUUAAAAAACCAAGAACCGGGGCAUACCCUCUUAAAAAGGUUGAGCAGGAUACGGUGAAGACGACUUCAGGCGGUGGUAGAAAAAGGCUUGUUACGGAUUCACCAGUUGCUGCAGUGAAAUCCUCAGCGGCGAGUAAGAAAGUUACGGCGGUAGAGAGGAGAAGAAGAGAUGCUAAACAAGUGAAUGGUGGACACGAUUCUCCUGCAUUGGCAGGGAGAAAGCGGAAUAGAGUGAGAUGAUUUUGUUCAUUUGAAGUGUUUGUUACUUCAUAUGUUGUUGGUAGUUAGGCAGAUAAAGCCUUUAUUUUAUCUUCUUAGUUUUAUAUGUGGGUCAAUUUGAUACUGAAGGCAUAGAUUUACUCUCUGAUCAGAUCACUGGUGAAACUAA